GUAUAUAUAAAUAUAUACAUAUAGAUAUAUAUAUAUAUGUAUAUUUAUAUAUAUAUUACGUGCACACAAUAGCAAAACGCACUUAUUGAUCAAGAAGAAGAACAAGCAACGUUAAUUGCCGUUGUGUGUGCUUAAAAAUAAAAAAACAAAAACAUUGAAAAGAAACCAAUAGGUUAAACUAAAUGGCAGCAGCGCAAGACAGCAAAAAAAAAAAAAGAUAAAAUAAAAUAAAAAAAAAAGGAGAAGAGUGUUUAGGUUCGGUGCUUGAGUUGUCGCUCAAUAGGCUCACAGAUAGACGACCCCCUAAAAAAACAAAGCUUGUUUAGUUGGCUGCGCCAGUAGAUGUUGUGUGGAAGAGUAUCUGAAUAUUUUGUGCAAUAUCAAAAGUUGUGGCUAAUUCGAAAGUAAUUGUUAUAUUUAUACCCUAUUUUGUGUGUCAAAUGUAAAACAGAGUUUAAAUCUAUUAACUAACAGAUGUUAAGCUGAUGCUGUUAAUGUUGCUACAUAAAUAACAGCUGUUAAGUUGAUGCUGUCUAUGUUGCUGCAUUAACAUAUGACAAACAGAAGCUGCCUAUGUUAUAACAUAGCCGAAAUAUGUUAAACAGAAACUGUUAAUAUUUUACAAUUCAGUUUUGUAAUGAUUAGCUGUUUAUGGCUCACAGAUGUUAAUCAGACCGCGUUUUAUUCUAACAGCAGCUGUCUAUGUUUAAUUAACAUAUCUUAAGCAGUUGCUGUUAUAUGGCUAACAGCUGUAUAAGGUCAGCAUCAUCUGAAGAAAUUUGACUGCUAAAAAGACUUUCUUAAGAUUAAAGUAAACUUUUUUUUUUUUAUCUCGGAAUUAGUUGUAAACCUUAAACUUUAUAGAUAAUUUUGUAUACCCACAAUUUUUAGCCAUUCAAAGCGGGCUAAAACAUUGUUGUAGAUACAAAUUGAAUACAUUUAUAUAAUAUUUAAUUGCCUAUGCUUCCUCCAUUAAGUUAAACAAUUGCUUUUCGAAUGCCACAGCUUGACCCAAAGCCAACUCAACAAAUUUUGUUUUGCGCAUUCACAAGUUUUAGCCAUAUAUGUAAAAUGCCCAAUUGAACGAUACAAAUGGAUUAAAUUAAAUAAACCUUGUAUAUAAUUUAGCGUUAUAUCGAAUUACAAGCUACUUUAUAAAAUAUGAAAAUUUGAUUAUGAUUCGACAGGCGUGACGAUUUGUAAAAUAGCAAAAACGGUGGAAACGAUUUUUUUUCUAGCAAACAACAACUUGUCCUUAUGAAAAAACUAGGCAGCAAAAAAUAUUUUCUAAUUUGUUAAGUCAACCGAGAUGCUGCGCCACAAUUUUGCAUUCAACAGAAACAUAAUAAACACACACACUUUACACACUCACACACACACACACACACAGAACAUUUACAACUAAUAAUGAUAAUUACAAAAUAGAUUUAAAAAUGGGUUUAAACAAAUACGCAUAACAUAUAAACAAAACAAAAAACAAAAAAAAAAGAAAACAACAACAACUAAAUAACAAACAGAAAAGUCUUCUUGCGUUUUCCAAUGUAAGAUUUUUUUUUUAAGUUUACAAAUACUAUCAUAAUAUUAAAGAAGCUCCAACAACAACAACAAGAACAACAAAAAUAAUAUACACAAACAAUAAAGUUAUUUGUUAAUAAUCGUAUUUGCCAUUUGUGCAUGUGAGCAAGUUUUUUUUUUUAAUAUUUAUUUUAACUAAAAAAAAAAGGGAAGAAAAACCUCAAGCGAAAUGGUUUCCAUUUUUUUUGGAGCAACACCCAACCCUCCCCGGCCCCUCUCUCUCUCGCGAAAAACGAGUGUGCGUGUGCGUGUGUGUGUGUGUGUGUGUGUACGUGCAUACUUAAUACAUAAACAAAAACAAAAAAAAAAACAAAUAUAUAUAUCCUUCCAUGUUGUUGUUUUUGGUUUGAUUAUUGCAACAAUAAACGUAAAUGCAUAAAGAAUAAAAACCAACUAUAGUUUAUUACAUAGUAUUUAAAUAUAUAAACGAAAAUGUGUAUUUGUAUAUGAUAUGCUCUCGUCUAAUACCCUGUAAUCCUAACUCACACACACACACACAGACAAACACACACAUACGAUGCAUACAUAUAUAUAUAUAAUUUGAAAACAUCUCUAUAUUAUGAUUGAGUAUAAUUAAAAUCAUAGUUUUUAAUAGUUUUUAAACAAAACAACAAAAAACAACAAAAACAAACAUAAAUUGCAAAGUUUUCCAAUGUGUUUUUCGUGCGCUGGGCGGGGCGGGGCGUGGCUGGUGUCCAUGGCAACCAUGGCAACCACCUCAAGGACCAAACAUUACGUUCCCAGUAUUAGCUGACGACAUUUCAGUUUCGAUUAGCUGCGUAAUCCGUGAAUAUGGCUGCCGAAGAUUCCUGGGUAUUCGAUUCUCUGGUCUGUUUCCUGCACGGACCCGUCUGGAAUGCGCCGCUGCAGACAUUUAUUGAGCAAAAGUCCCUGGUCUUUGAUCCCAAUUUGCAGCUGGAUGAGGGCAACGAGGAGAUACGGCAAAUCCAUGAGGAAUACAAGAAUCUGGUGGACUUUAUGCUGGGCAGUUUUAUGGAGGAGAUGCACAUAACGCCGGAACAGUUUGAGCUGGCCUGCUUGGAGGGACGUCAACAGGGUCCCGGCGAGAAUCCCUUCCAGUUCCAUCAGGUGCUCUUUCAGCAGAUUUGGGCCGCCAACGAUCUGAAGAUCUUUAUACGCAUGAUGACGCAACGCAAUGUGGAGCUGCAAUUGCAGGCGCUGGAUCUCAUCGAGAAGCAUCAAUUGGCGCACAGUGCCUCGGCAGAGCUGGCGGACGCGGAGAGCGCAGCGGGCGCGGAAGCCAGCAAUGUGGCGUCCGAUUUGGAUGUGGAUGAGCUAAUUGCCAAGACUGUGGCCGAUGAGCUCGAAAGUCCGGAGGCGGCUCUGACGCCCGAGCAGGAGGCCAAUUUGGAGCUGGUCAACGACAAGUUUCAGCGGCUGAAUCUGUUCUUUGAGCGGGAGGAUCAGGUGGAUCCCAAUGAGGUGGUCUCGCGCCAGGAGUAUUUGCGCCAGCAGCGCGACAAAAUAGUCGAGAUCAAGAAACAAACGCGCGCCAAACAGCUGCUGGACACCGUGGCACGCAGCACGCCGCAGCACCAGGAGCCCGGGGCACGACCCAGUUCCGCACAGGUGGCUCAACAGCUGCUCGAGAAUGUCGAACUGGACAAAUUGCCGCCGGCGCCAGUUGCUGAGGCUGACAAUGCGGCGCUGCAGCUGCGACGCACGCUGGCCAAACGGCUGCGCAACGAGGUUGUCGAGCAUAAUUAGGAGAAGGCAUCCAUAUACCCUUGCAGAGGGUAUUGUAGUUAUGUUCACGCAUAAUAGAGUAUAAUUUAUUCGCUCAAGUCUACUCGUUAUACCCUAAGUUGACUCUUUAUACCCUUGUCCGUCCGACUGCCUAUAUUCUAUUCUGGGAAAUACCCUUGCAGAGGGUAUUAUGGUUAUGUUCACGAAUUAUAGAGUAUAAUUUAUUCGCUCAAGUCUACUCGUUAUACCCUAAGUUGACUCUUAAUACCCUUGUCCGUCCGUCUGCCUAUAUUCUAUUCUGUGAAAUUUUUGGUUUACAAAAGUAAAGUGUUCUUGAUUUUUAA